AUGAAUCCCCCUAAUAACGUCCCGCUGCCUUUCCUCGACUUCCACUGCUCCGCUGAGUGCGCGGCAGACUGCGACGGGCUUCACAUCAGGUGGACGAAUUCUCCCGGAGGGCCUGCGCCUGAGUUGCAGCGACCGGGGGCAUUAGAGGCGCCUCAGAAGUCUGAGUGCGCGGCAGACUGCGAUGGGCUGCACAUCAUCGAGUGGACGCAUUCUCCUGCGCCUGAGGUGCAGAGAACCAGGGGAACAACUGCGUGGGACCUGCUAAGUGAGAGCAGCAAUUGUGCUCCUGUGCCACUGACCACGUGGACGCAUGGACAAACCGUGAUUUCCAAGUAUUCCCUCCCGGUAAUUCCCUGCACAGCGACUGGCAAACCGGAGGAGUCAGCCAUCAGUGAUUUGGUCCCCAAUGGAGCGGUUCCAGUGGAUGGGAAUAAGGAGGGCCCUCAAGCUCGCUCAACGGAUGGGAUGCCGUCAAUCCCUGAGUCCGAACUGUUGCAUCAUGUCGGCUCAGUCACAGAUUUCAGCAUGUCAUCAGGAGGAGGACACGUCAGCAUGCUGACUCAGCAGUCGCCGAUAGGGCAGGGUUUUAAGCCGCUGAUGGUGGCAGCUGCUACUUCAGCACCUGUUACAACCCACCCUCCGAUCCUUCCAGUGGUGAACGCCCCUCCUGCUCCUCCUCCUCCUGCUCCUGCUGCUGCUCAGCCGUUGCUGGCAGGGCAUGGUUUCACUAAGCCGCUGAUGGAAACAGCUGCUAGUACCCCAGCGCCUGCUACAACCCAUCCUCAAAUCCAUCCAGUGGUAAACGGGAGGGACCAAGCGGGUGACAAUGUUCCGGGCUUGGAGCGAGGUUCUGCUUCACACCAUGUGCAUUCUGCACAUUCUGCACACCCGAACAGGAGGGAUCAAGCGGGUGUCAAAGUGCGGGGUUUGUUGCGGCCGCCUAUUCAGAGACGAAGCGCCACGGAGAAGCAUAGAAGGCACCGGAUCAGUGCUGGACUCAAGCGGCUGGAAAAGGCCAUUCCUCCCUCGUGGAUGCACCAGAAGCACGCGUUGACGAUGUCAUCUCGAACGGACAUGGCUUCGCUGUUAGACGCGGCAGUGGAGUUUAUAAGGGAGCUGGAGGAACAAGCGGUCCAACUUUCACAAGCUCACAAUCAGCAAGCCUCAGUGCGUUACGGAAACUACAUACGCUAG